AUGAAUACCUCCCCGCGCCGCCUCCUCUUCAUAGCCUCAAUAGGCAAUCCAGCCCCCUACCACAACACCCGACACAGCGCCGGCCACCUCCUCCUCGACGCCUUAAAACCACUCCUCGAAACAACCCUCCCAAACACAGGCAUCUACCACGAAACAUGGCAAAGUCCAUCCCUCAUGAACAUAACAGGCCCAAAACUCGUACGUCGGCUAGAACAAUGGGCAACCGAGCGAGCAAGCCGUCUUGAAAGGAUCGCCAAUGUCGCCGCAACUCGUUCAUCCUCGUCUUCAACUCCCCCAAACUUCCCUACACAAACUACAUACCCCACAACCCUCGUCAUCCUCCACGACGAACUAUCUAUUGCGCAAGGAAAGCUCCGUGUCAUACGUGGCGGGCCUGAGACUUUUAGUUUGCGAGGGCAUCGCGGUCUUAUGAGUAUCUGUGAGACACUGCGUAAGAAGGGAUUGUAUCCGCGCUCGUCUGGGGCGAGUAAGAAUGUUACCGGGCCAUUGGCGGAUCUAUCGAUCUUGCGCGUUGGUCUUGGUAUUGGUCGGCCGUCGUCACAUGAGACGGCUGCUGUUUCGAAGUAUGUGCUCGGGACUGUUACUGAUCAGGAGCUUAAGGCUUAUCAUGCUGCGGCGAUGCCUGUGGUGCAGACUAUUCAAGACGAGCUUUUCAGACCUGCGGGGAAGGUCUGA